UGGCCUGUAAACUCCAGCUUGUUUGGCACCUCACGGCUGCCUGCUCUUUCAGGCUUCGGCAGUGCUUUAUACAAACGAUGGAUCCCUGACACCAACUAUGAGAAUUCUUCAAACUGGGACAGAGGCCGCGUCCCGUGUGGCACAGACCGAGUAGUCUUCCUACCAGAGAAGAAAGUCUCUGUUUAUGUGGAGUCAUCCCAUAGCAUCCUGGACCUGAACCUGCCCCGGGAUGCGGAGUUCAUUUUUGGCCACGAUGCUGAAUUUGCUGCAAGCCGUGGAGCACAGGAUCCUGGAUGUGAUGGAGGCACCAUCACAUUCCGAGACCCUGAUGCACACCAGUGGUAUGACCCCACCUUGUGGCAGGCUGCUGUCAGUGAAGAUGACCUGGACACCGGACACUACCUGUUCACCGUCCAUGAAGAGAGUGUCCCUUGCCACCACGACAGUGUGCUAUUCAGGUCGCAGUCAUCCUUUCGGGUUGGCAUGGAUUCAGAUGAUCAAUCAAUCAUCCUGCGGAGCAUCUCAGUCCUGGGCACGAAAUUCAUCAAUGACAAGGAUUUUCAGGAAUUUCUGAAGACCAACACUGGAAAGCUGCAGUUCCCUGACUUAACAGCCAUUCGAGUGACAAACGAGAGGUGCAGGGAGAAAUCGGGCUGCGAGUGUGGGAAUAGCGCGAAUCACAAUCGCAUCUGUGCCAAUCUGCUAAGGCAUUCAGAAUGUCCAGCCAUCGAGUGCAAGGAGCCCCUAAAUCCAGUUGGCCACUGCUGCCCCGUCUGUGGUGCCACCCUGACUCUCCAAUACACCGAGACCUUUGACCUGGAGCUCUACAGAAGCCGCCUGCAGCAUCUUUACCUGAAUACGCCCAUGUACAGCAGCAUUCAGAUGGCCAUGUCCAAAGUGCCUAAAGCACCAGCCAUUACAGGGCUUGACCAGAGGGAAGCAGCGACAGUUAUCCAGGUGCUUCUCUUGGAUCAAGAAACAGGAGAGAAUACAGGAAGGCUGGCUGUAGCCCUGGCCAUGGAGAUCAUGAAGGACAUUAACAGCCAAGGUGCUACCUUUGGGAUCACAAAGGGGGAGAUUCAGACAGCCACCGGCUCUGGGAGUGAGAGGCACACUGGAGGCAUGACGGGCGGUGCGAUUGCUGGCACUGUGAUUACACUGCUCCUGCUUCUGCUUGGUUUUGCUUCCCUUGUUGCACUAUUCAUGAGGGGUUCACUCAGGUUUCCCACACUUCCUUUCCUGAAAAAGGCAGACGGAGACAUGGAGACUCUUGGAGGACCAAUUGACAAAGGAUUUGAUAACCCCAUAUUUGACACAGAUAUGCCAACGAAUUUGCCAGGCCUGUACUCUACAAAUGAGGCCCUAAAAACGGUCAGCUACAGCAGCUCCGGUGUGCACUUUGUGAAUCCCGUCUAUGAUGAGACAGAGUUCAACAUCUGAGCCUCUGUGAUCCCCCAACACGAGAGGUUUCUGGCCUUGAAUUUUUGUCAGUUUGGAUUCUCCAAUGGUGUAGAUGAUUCUGAGAAGUCUGAAAUCACCUAAAAUUCUGGCUAACAAAAUUUAUUGACA